GGCCUGUCCCGUGGCUGGGCGGGGGACUCCCCGGGCCCGGCCUGGCCGCGACGUGCCCUGUCCCCGGGGCCGGACUGCGGGCGUGUCCCCUGGAGCGAGCGCUCGGCGCCGCGGCUCCUAAGGCCCCGUGGGCUCCAGUCCGAGGCGCCGGGGAGCUCGCCCCCCCGGAGAGCAGCUGGCGUGGCGCCCCGCGCCGCCUGGGGGGGCCCGCCUGGCCCAGGGCUCCCCCCACGUGCCUGGAAGGGUUCGCCUCGCGGGCCCGGGGGGCAGUCCGUGGGCAGGCUUCUCAAGAUGGGGAGGCUAGCACCCCGGAGCGGCAGUCUGGAGGGGAGUGGAUCUGUGUUCUGUCCCCACAAUGUCUUGUGGCGGAGAGGGCAGGCCCUGGCUGUGUCCCACUGCUGUGGCGUGGGGGUGGAGAGGAGAGCAGGACCAUAGUGAUGCACAACAUUGGGCUGGCUGUCAGGGCGUGGCCUCGCCCGGUCCCUUCUUCCUAAUGGAAAUACCUGGCCCAUGGCAGGGGCUGGAGCAUGUGCAUCCCAGCUGCCAGGGGUGGGAUGGGGACUGCAUUGGAUGCAAGCCACCGGAGUGGGGGAUGAGACGGGGCACCAGCUGCCAAGGAACUACCAUCGGUAUGGAAGUAGAAGCUACUGGGCUUCUCCUUCCCACCCUGGUGCCAGCUGCCCCUGCUCACCUUGAAACUCCCUCUCCUGUUCAUCCGUCUCUCCAUUCACUGAGCAGGAUGUUCCUGGUUGGUCUGUCCGGUGGAAUUGCUUCAGGAAAAAGCACAGUAGUGGCAGUAUUCCGGGAACUGGGCUGUGCAGUGAUUGAUGCCGAUGUUAUUGCCAGACAGGUGGUUCAGCCCCGCUUCUUAGCCUAUCAGCAGAUAGUGCAUUACUUUGGAAAUGAAAUCCUCUUGGAGAGUGGGGAGAUAAACCGGGAGGCUCUGGGAAACAUUAUCUUCUCCCACCCGGAAAAACGGCAGCUGCUGAACUCCAUCACUCACCCUAAGAUCCAGAAAGAGAUGCUGAAACAGAUCUUUAAAUACUUUGUGUUAGGCUACCGCUAUGUGAUUCUGGACAUUCCUCUGUUGUUUGAGACCAACACAGUAACCAAGUUCAUGAAACACACAGUGCUGGUUUACAGUGAUCCACAGACACAGCUGUCACGACUGAUGAAGAGGAAUGGCCUGGCCCAGACAGAGGCAGAAGCGCGCAUCGCCUCCCAGCUGCCGCUUGAUGAGAAGUGCAAAUUAGCUGACCACGUGAUUGACAACUCCGGGGACUGGGAGAGCACGCGGAGGCAGGUCCUGAGACUGCACUCUCAGCUGGAGGACUCUCUGGAUUUCCUCUUGGUGCGCUUAGUGGCAGUCACAGCAGUUGCUGGAGUUGGUGGGCUGGUGUGCUUUCUCCUCAGGCAUUUUCUCCCUUAAUUCACUUUUUUUUUAAAGGGACCAAAACUGCCUGGAAUUUCCAAGUUUGCAAAGGGCAGUGAAAUGUCACGAGCCUUAAUGGCUUUGCCGUCUGAAUACAGACGACAAGAUGAGCAGAGUCUCCUUGUUAACUUCUCAAGGUGAAGCAUGGAUUCCUUGCCAAUGCUCUGACUCGGCUUCUUUCUUUUAACUUUUUAGUCCUGUUAUUAAUGGUCAGCAACUGCUGCAGGAGAGGGUGAGGGGUAGCUGUAAUAGAUGGAGGUCCUCAGACAUUUGGAUAUGAAGUAAUUACACUGUUAGGAUGGACAUAUUAAAAACCAUGUUUUAGGCCAACUCAUUGAAGUGCUAGUCUACAGGGUGAAAGGAAUCUUUCUGUCGAUUUAACCCCAGAUGGAAUAUGAUUACUUAAAGUGUCUCGUGGCAGUCUGGUCCAGGAGAGGGGAUCUGGACUAUGAGGUUCUCUUCCCCCGACUUCCCAGCAUCCUCAGCUCCCAAGAGCUCGCCCUAAAUGAUUCACUUUGACUCUAGACAAGUCAUUUCACUUCUGUUUCCUGGUUGUGAGAUUUAAUGAAUGUUUGCAAAGUACCUUAAACCCCACCAAUGCAGGGCAUUGUAAAAUUGCAAGAGUUACUAUAAAAUGUCUGUCUCAUGCCAUCA